AUUUAACAGUAACAGUAUCACUCGAGCACGCGUUCGUGUACAUUCUGCUUUUCGCGGGAGCUCGUACGCUCUUACGUAAAGAAAAAAGAAAACAAUAUAUAUCUAAAAAUCGUGGUGAUUCUGUAAUAACACGUUAUUUAAAACAAAUGACAGAUACAAGGCUAGCCAGCUGCGCCAUUCUUGUUGUGUGACAUUCAUAUCAUCAGCUACACUACACAGACUUCAUAUUGUUUUUUCCUUUAAUUAUUGCUGUAGUGAGCUGUCAGUCACACAUUGCAGGAAUGGACACAUCGGGCUUGCCUGUACCGGAUGCAAUCCACCCGCUACUUGAACAGUUGCAAGAAGCUUUGGUUCUUGAAGUAAAAUAUCAACCUAACCUUCAGUUACCUAAUAUAUCACAAAAUGACGAAAUAACAAUUGGAGCUCGCGAUGGAUCAGCCCAUGUUUUAAGAUGUUUGAAAGUGUGGUAUGAUCUACCGUCGGAUGUAUUUUUUGUUGCCAUCAAUUUAAUGGAUCGUUUUUUAACAAAAAUGAAAGCAAGACCAAAACACAUGGCUUGCAUCAGUAUAUCUGCUUUUCACAUAGCUGCUGUCCAGUUAGCACAGUCAUUAGAUGUUGAUCACUUAGUCUCGAUUUCUCAGUGCAAAUGCACUGGUAGUGAUCUUAAACGAAUGUCAGAAGUAAUACGGAAUAAAUUAGAAUGGGCACCUGGUACUCAACCCGUUACAUCUUUAACUUUCCUUCGGUUAUUCAAUGCAAUAUUCCUUGCGAUUGCAUCACAACUGGGACUAGGAGAUAUGUAUACCAAUAUUGUAACGGAAUCUGAACUUCUACUUAGAUUAGAAAUGGUUGCAUGUGAUGGUAAUUGUGCAAGUUUGAAACCAUCAGAGAUGGCACUUGUUCUACUCUGCACAUAUUUAAACGGUGCAUUAAACCGAUUAGAUACUAAUACAGAUAUUCCCAUAUCUACAGCUGCUAUUCCUAAUUCCUCCACUACCAAUACAUCUGUAACAUCAAGACAUCAAAUGCUUAGACUUUUGGAUUUUGCUAUAGAACUUCAAAAAAUAUGUAAGAUUUCAGAUACAAGCUUUUUUUCUACAUAUGAAGCUGUGGGUGCUAUAUUGAGCAAAUAUAAUGCUCAAGAGCAAACUCCUCACAGACAAAGACUGAUAUGGAGAUUAUCUUCUCGUACAGCACGUCUUUUACGUCCAACUGACAAAUUUACUUCUGUGUUACCUGUCAUCGCCGAACAUGCUCCGGUUCCUUCGCCGAGUAAAAUCAGGAAAAAUCGUAAAUUUGGCCGGCGUCAUGGAAAUAAGAGACGUUAAGUGGCAGUAUCGAGGCCUUAAAGUACUGGGUCAGGAAUUCAAUAUUUAUUCAACAUACCAAGUAAAAGAAGAAAGUAUACUUGAGUUUGAAACAAAAAGUUUUGUUAAAAGUUAAAUAGAAAGUACAAAUAUCAGUGUAUUUACGUCGAGUAGCAAAAGUUUGUGAUAUUUCUUUUUGUGUCAUGUGUUAAAAAAGUAAAGCAAAAGAAAAAGAUAUUUGAGUAUUGUACCUAAUUCGUACUAAAGUUUGAUUUCUCGUAAAUUAAAUGUAUUGAAACACACAUGUACAUAUAUAUAUAUAUAUAUAUAUAUACAUAUAUAUUUAUAUUAUAUUUAUAUUUAUAUAUUUAUUUAUAUGUAUAUAUAUAUAUGUAUAUAUAUUAUGGUUUAACCUUUUGUACUCAAGAAAUGUUUUUAACAUUUUUCUUCGUGUAUCUUUUUCAUUGGAUAUUAUUUUAAUGUUAAUAUUUAAUUAUCAAAUUUUAUUUGUUAAUUGUCUACUGACAAAAAAAAGAUUAAAUUAUAAUUAAAAGCGAUAUAUAUAUAUAUACAUUUUUUUUUACUUGUAUCAUACAUUUUAUAAAAUGAACGAGAAAUUUCGUUCUCAAGUUUAUCAGUUAUUACUAUUGUAUAAAAUACACGAGUGCCGUAAGGAAAAAAGAAAGAAAUAAGAAUUGAAUGAACAAGUCGUAUAGUAGUAAGAUUAAUGUGAUAUAAUGUCCGCUGUAAUUCAUAUACUAUGAAUAGAGUACGUGCGUUUGAAAACGUUAAAAGACGCGAAAUUAAUUAAAUAUAAAAUUAAAAAAUUAUUUUAAAAAAGCAAAUUAUAAAAGAUGAAUAAAAUUAUUUAGGAUCAAAAUGUUUAAUAAAUUUUAAUGCUGAAAAUUGUACAAAAUUUAAAUUGCUAUUUGAUGUUUUGUUGUGAAAUUAUAUUUAUGUAUUAUUUAAGGAGCACACGAAUGAAUGUAAAUAAUGAAUUUCUAUUAAAUGAGUUUACAGUAUCAUCGUGGAGAAAAAUGUAAUUAUGCAUUUAUAUUAAAUGGUGUGUACUACACUUUUUGUACUCAAAUUGUGUUUCUAACAUUUUCUUUUUCACAUAUCUUUUUCAAUAGGUAUUUAAUAUUAAUAUCUAAUUAUCAAAUCUUAUUUGUUAACUGUCUGUUGAUAAAAAAAAAUAUUAAAUUACAAUACAAGAACUUUAGAAAGCAAUCAAUUUAUUGCCUUCAAUAAUUUAAAAAUUAAACAACGUUUUUAUAUAAAAUCCUUAUACAGUAUUUCAAAAAUACAAUGUACAUGUUAAGAAAUAAAUACAAGAGCACAAAAGGUUAGUAACAACCUCGAAAGCUUUGAGCAAACAUUAAAAAAUCACAGCAUUAGCUGUGAAAGUAUAACUAUGUGUAUAAUUAAUUUAAUUUAGGGUGUAUAGUAUUAUGAAUUAAAAAUAAGUAUAUGUUAAAGCCGCAAUUUGUGAUAGGAUUUUUUACUGAUAUAGCUUUUAAUCGUGGCGGAUUUCUAAAAGCCAACAAAAUAGUUUUAAGAAUUAAAGAAUUAAAUUUUUUGUCUAUAAUAAUUCAUUCUUUGUUUUACAUUUUGUACCACUCGUAUGGCAUUAAGAGACAAAUAGAAAAAAAAUAAAAUUUGAAACGAAGUGUAAAUAAUUUAUA